AUGAUGCCAUGCCCAGAAGAAGGCAGCAGCAAAAGGAAGCGAGGGCCGGUGAGUAGAACAGAGCAGGGAGGAGUAAGAGAGAUGGGGAUAGAAAGCAGAGGCAAAAGGACGGCAGAUGCCCUUACUAUGCUAAUCGAGUCGAUUCCCAAGCCAGCUGGCGAACCGGAGCUAUCCAGGCCACUUUCAGCCAGCUGUGUGAGGGAUCAGGGUGUAUAUGCAGAAAUACAAAUAUAUAUAUAUAUAUAUAUAAGAGAGAGAGAAGACCGAAGGGCUAGGAGGACAGGGAGCAGCCAGGGCAGGGAUGUUCCACAGAAGAGUCGAUCAAGCAACCCCGGUGCGACGGAGUCGUUGGAGAGCCGUCCCUUGACUGUGAGACGGCGACGAGAGCAGCGAGACGUCCAGAGGAGGCAGACGGACGGAUGGCUGGUGCAGGCGAAGCUGGCGAAGCUGGCGUUUGGCGCUAACCACAGCAACGCCUGGAACAGCACUGGAGAUGGGAUGGAGAUGGGAUGGAGACAGAUGGAGAUACUUCAGCCGCAGCGCCAAAUCACACGGCGAGAUCAUGUACCUCCCAGGCUCGCACGGCGCCAGGUACUCGCCUCGUCCUCGACGGCGCUGGAGGCCCAAGGUGGAGCUCUCCUGUGCUGGAUGAUCGGCUUUAGUCAGGGCGCCCGCCGUGUGAUGACGGCUGCUGCUGCUGCUGCUGCUGCUGCCGCUGCUGCUGGGACUGUUGUUGACGCUCCCAGGGGCAAGUCUGCCGGCCUGGACGAAGAACGAAGGCGUCUGAUGCUCGCCGCGAGGGAGGGUGACGGCGUACAGGGAAACAGCUCUGCAUGGUGA